GCUCCGGACUCCUGCAGCCGCUCUUCCCGUUCCGUGGUUUGGGGCUGGUGCGGUGCGAAAGCCACGGCCGCCGUGUCAGAGUCCUAGUUCGCCCGCGGCCCGGAAUCGGGCUGGAGGAGGAGGAGGAAGGAGAGUGUGGUGUUUGAAAGCCAUCCUGCUUUCCUCCAGGCUUGGAGCAUGGAUCCAGUUAGAGUGUUUUCCGAGAGAAGUGAGGUUGGAGCUUUUUAUUUUUAAUUUUGGGCACAAGCAGGUUGACUCCAAGGCCCUCCCAAGCAAGAGGGUUUAACUUAAUGCUGUUCCCGUGUUUGAAGGAAGACAAAAAAAAAAAAAAAGCCCCACCUGGCAACAUUUAUGUAACCUCUGGUAGAAAACACCAGGUGCAUUUACAUCGCGGUAGUUUUCGUUGUGUGUCUGGCGUUUUUCAGGGGGAAGCUGCUAGAAUAGCUAGGUUUUAGGUUUAAAACAGAUGCAGAAUCCAAAGGCAGCGCAAAAACCAGCCACCGCUUUUGCUAUGCCUCUGAGCUGCGAGAUAAUCAGAAAGAUAAAUGGAGUCUGAGCAGCUGUUCCAUAGAGGAUACUAUAGAAACAGCUACAACAGUAUAACAAGUGCAAGUAGUGAUGAGGAACUUUUAGAUGGAGCAGGUGUUAUUAUGGACUUUCAGACUUCUGAAGAUGACAAUUUGUUAGAUGGUGAUACAGUGGUUGGAACUCAUUAUACAAUGACAAAUGGAGGCAGCAUUAACAGUUCUACACAUCUACUGGAUCUUUUGGAUGAACCAAUUCCAGGUGUUGGUACAUAUGAUGACUUCCAUACUAUUGACUGGGUACGAGAAAAAUGUAAAGACAGAGAAAGGCAUAGACGUAUCAACAGCAAAAAGAAAGAAUCAGCAUGGGAAAUGACAAAGAGCUUGUAUGAUGCGUGGUCAGGAUGGCUAGUAGUAACACUAACGGGAUUGGCAUCAGGGGCCUUGGCUGGAUUAAUAGAUAUUGCUGCUGAUUGGAUGACUGACUUGAAGGAGGGCAUUUGCCUUAGUGCAUUAUGGUACAACCAUGAACAGUGUUGUUGGGGGUCUAAUGAAACAACAUUUGAAGAGAGAGAUAAAUGUCCACAGUGGAAAACCUGGGCGGAAUUAAUCAUAGGCCAAGCAGAGGGUCCUGGUUCUUACAUCAUGAACUAUAUAAUGUACAUCUUCUGGGCCUUGAGUUUUGCCUUUCUUGCAGUUUCCCUGGUAAAAGUAUUUGCUCCAUAUGCCUGUGGCUCUGGAAUUCCAGAGAUUAAAACCAUUUUGAGUGGAUUCAUCAUCAGAGGUUACUUGGGAAAAUGGACUUUGAUGAUUAAAACCAUCACUUUAGUAUUGGCUGUGGCAUCAGGUUUGAGUUUAGGAAAAGAAGGUCCCCUGGUCCAUGUUGCCUGUUGCUGCGGAAAUAUUUUUUCCUACCUCUUCCCAAAGUAUAGCACAAAUGAAGCUAAAAAAAGGGAGGUGCUAUCAGCUGCCUCUGCUGCAGGUGUUUCUGUAGCGUUUGGUGCACCAAUUGGAGGAGUUCUUUUUAGUCUGGAGGAGGUUAGCUAUUAUUUUCCUCUCAAAACUUUAUGGAGAUCAUUUUUUGCUGCUUUAGUGGCUGCAUUUGUUUUGAGAUCGAUCAAUCCAUUUGGUAACAGUCGUCUGGUCCUUUUUUAUGUGGAGUAUCACACACCAUGGUACCUUUUUGAACUGUUUCCUUUUAUUCUCCUAGGGGUAUUUGGAGGGCUUUGGGGAGCCUUUUUCAUUAGGGCAAAUAUUGCCUGGUGUCGUCGACGUAAAUCCACCAAAUUUGGAAAGUAUCCUGUUCUUGAAGUCAUUAUUGUUGCAGCCAUUACAGCUGUGAUCGCCUUCCCUAAUCCAUAUACUAGGCUCAACACCAGUGAACUGAUUAAAGAGCUUUUUACAGACUGUGGUCCCCUGGAAUCGUCUUCUCUUUGUGACUACAGAAAUGACAUGAAUGCCAGUAAAAUUGUUGAUGAUAUUCCUGAUCGUCCAGCGGGCGUUGGAGUAUAUUCAGCUAUAUGGCAGUUGUGCUUAGCACUCAUAUUUAAAAUCAUAAUGACAGUAUUCACUUUUGGUAUUAAGGUUCCGUCAGGCCUGUUCAUCCCCAGCAUGGCCAUCGGUGCAAUUGCUGGGAGGAUUGUGGGGAUUGCAGUGGAGCAGCUUGCCUACUAUCACCACGACUGGUUUAUAUUUAAGGAAUGGUGUGAAGUCGGGGCUGAUUGCAUUACACCUGGCCUGUAUGCCAUGGUUGGGGCUGCCGCAUGCUUAGGUGGUGUGACAAGGAUGACUGUGUCCCUAGUAGUUAUUGUUUUUGAACUUACUGGGGGCUUGGAAUAUAUUGUUCCACUCAUGGCUGCAGUCAUGACAAGUAAAUGGGUUGGAGAUGCCUUUGGUAGGGAAGGUAUUUAUGAAGCUCACAUCCGAUUAAAUGGAUACCCUUUCCUGGAUGCAAAGGAAGAAUUCACUCAUACUACCCUUGCUGCUGAUGUCAUGAGACCUCGACGGAAUGACCCACCCUUGGCAGUUCUGACACAGGACAAUAUGACCGUGGAUGACAUAGAAAACAUGAUCAAUGAAACCAGCUACAAUGGCUUUCCUGUGAUAAUGUCAAAGGAGUCUCAGAGAUUAGUGGGAUUUGCUCUCAGAAGAGAUCUGACGAUUGCAAUUGAAAGUGCUAGAAAAAAACAAGAAGGCAUUGUAGGUAGCUCUCGAGUGUGCUUUGCACAGCACACCCCAUCUCUUCCAGCUGAAAGUCCUCGGCCCCUCAAACUUCGAAGUAUUCUUGACAUGAGCCCUUUCACAGUGACAGACCACACCCCAAUGGAGAUUGUGGUGGAUAUCUUCCGAAAGCUGGGUCUGAGGCAGUGCCUUGUAACUCACAAUGGGAUUGUCUUGGGGAUCAUCACAAAGAAGAACAUAUUAGAGCAUCUCGAGCAACUAAAGCAGCACGUGGAGCCCUUGGCGCCUCCUUGGCAUUAUAACAAAAAAAGAUAUCCUCCGUCAUAUGGCCCAGACGGCAAACCAAGACCCCGCUUCAAUAAUGUUCAACUGAAUCCCAUAGAUGAGGAGAGAGAGGAAACAGAAGAGGAAGUUCAUCUGUUGAAUAGCACAACUGUUUAACCGGAGGACUCGUCUACUUUUUUUUUCUCCUUCUUUACAAAAGAAAAGGAAAUAUAAAAACCAGGCUUUUACAACAUGGUUUGCAAAGGUGCUGGUUGAAUGGAGGAGUUGUUUGAGGAGGGAAAGGAAAAAGCUCUUUCUCUAAGUGACAGCAGCGAUCAACUCCUAUUGUUCUGCACUGGAUGCAUUCACCUGAGAUUGUGCCGUGAUAGUGCAGGCUUGAACCACGAUGGAGAUGGCACCCUGACACUGGAGUCCUGGAGCACCUGGCCUGUGCUUCCACCAUUGCAAAGACACGUUAUCUGUCCCUGUUUCUGGAGGGAUUACUUUGAAUUGAGCCAUCUAAAAGACUGCAAGGUCUUGCCCCCCCCCUUUUUUUUUAAACAAAACUGUUCUGUUUAAUCCAUGAAUUGUACAGUUAAGCAUUACCUUUCUACAUUCCAGAAGAGCUUUUAUUUCCGUCUCUCUCUCUCUCCUCCCUCCCCUACCCCUGAGCUGUAACAAAUCCUCUUUAAAUUGAUGUACCCUUUUGAAGCAGUCCUUUCUCAUAUUGAGAUGUACUGUGAUUUUACUGAGGUUUCAUCACAAGAAGGGAGUGUUUCUUGUGCCGUUGACCAUGUAGUUUGUAAGGUCACUAACUGCUGGGAACAGCGCACAUGCACCACAUCAAAGGCUGAUCGAACAGGUAGAAAGAAUCUCAAGCAUGAAUGAAAUCUCUCAGCCUCUGUGCUGUGUGAUUUAGAAUCAAAAGCAAUGAAAAUUGUUAAAGGAUAGCAGGAUUUUUUUUCCCAUCUCAGACUUUAUGAAUAAUGUGAUCUGGUCUUAUGCAGAUUUUCUAUUUCUGAAACUAUUAUGAGAUGCAAGUGCUGUUCCGCAUAGUGAGACAAAAUGCUGCUGCUUUGACAGUAAGGAUAAGAAAGUAUUCUGUUGAGCUGUAUGUGCUCUCAAUUGCAUGUUUAAACACUGGAAUUUUUUUCUUGAAAUUAGAUCAAUGAUUUUUUUCUUUCCUCGAGAUAUUUCACUGCUGACACAAAGAAGAAAUGUAAUUCAUAACUUGCACUAAAUGUAUAAUUCUUUUCUUAAAAAUUUACCAUUCUUAUUUAUAUUUUUAUGGAUUAAAAUUUAUAAAGUACAGAUCAGUUAAUAUCGCACUUAAAUAACUUUACCUUUUUAAUGUGAUUUUUAUAGACUAAUUCAGAAUUACAAAUAUGGAGAUAUGAACAAAGUUUACAAUGGGAGCAAGGGUUUAAGAGGUUGUGAUUAUUUCUCUAUGAUCCAAUGUUGUACAUAAACUGUUUUCUGAUCUUUCACUGCCAUCCCCUGAUUUAUGUCUUCUGAUCUCAUUUUGACCCAUUAACUGGGAUGUGUAAACACUACAGGUUACUACUGUGUAGAUUAAAACCAAAAGCUAAGCAAUGUUAA